AUGGCUACAAAAAUCUCCGCCGUGGGUAGCAAGAGAAAAGCUACCGCAGGGGACAAGGGGAAGUCUGGCGCCAUGGUGAAAAAAGCCCGUCUUGAUGGCAACAAAAAGGCUGCGCCUGUCCGCAAAGACGUGGACGAACCCGAAGGCUCUUCGGAUUCUGAGGAUGGUGGCGUCCAGCUUGAGGAUAAGAAACAGAAAAAGUCGGCGGCCAAAGACUACCAGAAGCCUGUUGAUACAGGUCUAUCCUCGCGCGAAUCACACGCCAAACAGAAGCAACUUGCGGCCGAACGCAAGGCAGCCAAGCCGCUCGCCGACGAAGUCCACCGCACGAAAAAGAUUUGGGAGCGACUGCGCCGAAAGUCUCACGUCCCCAAGGAGGAGCGCCACGAGCUCGUCGCCGAACUCUUUACCAUCAUCACCGGCCGCAUGAAGGAAUUUGUCCUCAAGCACGAUGCUGUGCGCGCCGUCCAGACCGCCCUCAAGUAUUCCACGCCCGAGCAGCGCAAGCAGAUUGCCCACGAGCUCGACGGCAGCUACUCCCAGCUGGCCGAGAGCCGGUACGCCAAGUUUCUCAUCGGGAAGCUCCUGGUGCAAAACGACGACGAAAUUCUCAACCUCGUCGUCCCCAACUUUUACGGCCGCGUCCGCAAACUCAUCAACCAUGCCGAGGCCUCGUGGAUCCUGGACGACAUUUACCGCACGGUCGCGACCAAAGAGCAAAAGGCGUCCUUGCUGCGCGAGUGGUACGGCCCCGAGUUCACCCUCAAGGAGCUGACCAAAGGCAAGGCCGUGACGGCCGACCUCAAGGAGAUUCUGGCCGACACACCCAGCAAGCGCGGCCCGAUCAUGAAGUCGCUGCUCGAGAUGAUCAACUCGCUGGUGCAGAAGCGCAUGACUGGCUUCACCAUGCUACACGACGCAAUGCUUCAGUACUACUUGGCUACGGAACCCGGUUCGGAAGAGUUUACCGAAUUUCUGGAGCUUAUCAAGGGCGACGAGACUGGCGAUUUAAUGAAGAAUUUGGCCUUCACCCGCUCAGGCUCGCGGUUGGUCUGCCUGAUGCUUGCCUACGGAACCGCCAAGGAUAGAAAGCAGCUGCUCAAGAACUACAAGGAUGCAUUCCAGACCAUGGCGGGUGACCAAUACGCCCAUCUGGUCAUUCUCACCGCUUAUGACGUUAUUGAUGAUACCAAGCUUGUCGCCAAAUCCAUUUUCCCGGAGCUGGUCGGCGAGAAGAACGAAGAGGUGGUGGAAAAUAUCGUCGGCGCUGUCAACAACCCACAUGCUAGACUGACUUUCCUGUACCUCUUUGAGGGCAUGUCCAAGUCUCUUUUCCCUCCUGGCACUUCUUUUGCCCAGGAUCUGCUCAAAGAAGUUGACGAAAUUCGCAAGACAACAAGUAAAAAGGAUGCGGAUGCUCGUCAGCAGGAACUUGCUUCCACGCUCACCCCACAUCUCUUGGAAGCCAUCGCCACGGCCCCUUCGGAUCUCCUGUCGACGGCAUUCGGCUGCCAAUUUAUCGCAGACGUUCUCCUGUCCAACACGGGCGACAAGGCUGCCGCUCUGGAAGCUGUCGCACAGGCCGCCAAGGGCAGCCCCAACGAGGCGGUGCCAGAGGACGAGCUGCAACCUCCGACUCAUGUUUCUCAAACGCCAUUUGGUGGCCGCACGCUCAAGUCUCUGAUCCAAGGCGGGCGCUUCGACAAGGCGGCGGGCAAGAUUAUCCCCCUCGAGCCCGCGCUGGGCUUUGCCAAUAUUCUAUAUCCCGUGAUUGCCGACUACAUUGUGGACUGGGCGACCGGGCCGAGCUCCUUUGUGGUGGUGGCGCUGCUCGAGGCGGGCGACUUUGGCGAGGCUGAGGCUGUGCGCAAGACGCUCAAGAAGAAUAAGAAGCUGCUGAGCAAGGCGGCGACGGAGCAGACGCCGGAGCAAAAAGCGGUCCAUGAGGCUAGGGAGCAGGCGGCGGCAGCGGCGGCGGAGGCGGGGGACAAGUCGGUAGGCAAAAAGAAGAAGGCUACAGGCAAAAAGAAGGCUGAGCCGUCGGUAGGAAACAGCGGCAGCAAGCUGCUGCUGGAGAAGCUGUAG